AUGCCAGACCCCGACGUCGCGAUCGAAUCCGAUGGAGUAAAAGGGGAGAGAAAUAAUGCGUUUGGAUUUUCCUUUGCAGACGAUGACGAAUGCUCACGACACCCUGGGAUCUGCGGCAAUGGCUCAUGUACGAACGUUGUCGGGGGUUUUCAAUGUUCCUGCGCACCGGGAUUUGCUCCUGGUUUGGAUGGAAGAUGCAAAGAUGUGGACGAAUGUGCUGAGCAACUGCACAACUGCGCCUUUAGGUGCUUGAACAACGAGGGUUCCUACAGGUGUAUUUGUCCGUACGGCUAUAGCCUCGCACCGGACGGUCGACACUGUCGAGCUUGGGCUUGUGUCCUAGAUGUGGACGAAUGUGCAGCCAGGACCAGCAAUUGCCGUCCACCGAUGCAGUGCAAAAAUCUGAUCGGAGGAUUCACGUGCGUAUGCGCGGAUGGGUACGAAGAAUCCCCGCCGGGUUCGAAAAUUUGCCAAGACAUCGACGAGUGCCGCGUGAAUCCCGAGGCGUGUAGCAACGGAGACUGCAUCAACACCGCCGGCAGUUUUGCCUGCAAUUGCGAUGAAGGGUUCCGAUCAGCAUCCAAAAAUAGAACCGACUGCGAAGAAGAUCACCGAACGGGAUAUUGCUACCAGGGUGUCAAUCGCGGACAUUGUUUGCCGGAUGCUCGCAGUAAAAUCAAGGUGAGCAAAGCAGGUUGUUGCUGCUCAAUGGGCCGGGCCUGGGGCCCUCAUUGCGAGCCGUGCCCAGCGCCGCGGUCGCGUCAAUACCUUCGUUUGUGUCUGGAAACCGGCUACUUGGGGAACGGAACAGCCAUUCCUGCUGGAAAGAAUGAGUGCGUAAUGGUCUGCUUCCGCCGUUUCUCGGAUCCGCCAGACAUUGACGAAUGCGCCACCAUCCCGGAAUUGUGCAAAAACGGCCGAUGCAUCAAUUCGAUGGGCUCUUACAAAUGCGCCUGCGAUCGCGGCUACGAACGCGAUGCUCAUCAGACCAGAUGCAUAGAUGUCAACGAAUGUAACUUGGAGCCGAAGGUCUGCGAAGAAGGAUGCCGAAAUACUCCGGGUUCGUUUGAGUGCACUUGUCCCCCUGGAUUCACGUUAAGCGUCGACAGUCGUCGCUGUGCCGAUGUGGAUGAAUGUGCAAAAAAUCUGCACACUUGUUCCCACUCGUGUGUCAAUACUCAGGGAUCGUACAAGUGUUCUUGCCCUCCUGGAUACUCCGAAACUGGCAAUGACCAGUGCACGGAUAUCAACGAGUGCGCGGAGCAGCCGGAACUUUGCCAGCCGCACGGGGUUUGUCGCAACACGGCCGGAAGCUUCAAAUGCGUCUGCCCGCGAGGUUAUCAGCUCGACCAUCAGGGCAUCUCAUGCAUCGAUGUUAAUGAAUGCGAGGAUGAUGCUAAAUGCGAUUAUGGCUGCCAGCCAUACCCAGCUGGCACCAUACGUGUACUGUACUCCGCCAUUCCACAUUGUUGCCAACUUAAAAAUACGGAGAGUAAUGGGACUUGGAACCGCGAAACAAGCGUUCAUCCGUCUUCCCCGCGUGUUUUUCUUUUGCCGCAGAAUCUCCUGGGCACGUAUGCCUGCACUUGCAUUGAUGGGCUCGUGCCACACAACUACUGGAAAAAAUCCUGCGUCAGCCCUGACGAAUGCGUGGGUGACCCGUGCGGAUCUGCUCUUUGCCAGAACUCGGGCCUGGGCUAUAAAUGCAUGUGCCCGGCGGGAUACGACUUCGACAGCGUACAAUUAAUUUGUGUUCCGGCACCGUCGGGAUGUGCAGCGUCAAUUUGCGCAUUCACCUGCAGGCCCGCGGGGAACGCUUAUUCGUGCGGAUGCCCUCCGGGAUAUCAGACAAUAGGCCAAGGACAUUGUCUGCAGACAGUUGGAUCGCCGUCGCAGAAAAAUUUCCCGAGUCGCUUCGACUACGGUCAUCUGUCUUACGGGGAAUACUUGGAGCCCCCUUCGAACGAGAACCUGCAAGGUGAGCCCUUGAACGUUGUUGCCGAUGGUGGAGUCGCGGAUUCCGGAUCCGAUAUGCUUUCGGAUUUAUCCCUGAAUCCCGUCGGGAAGUGGCCUACGGAUCAUAGAUUAUGCAGGCACUUCGAGUGGUUGCUCCUCCUAUCGGCACUCGGCGAAACAAUCUCCCGCUCUUUUUCCGAUCUCAUCAAAAAUUCGAGUGAGCUCAUUUGCAGUGCUAACGAUUUCCUCCUCAAAAUCAAAUGUUCCCGACGGGAUUCCAAAUGCAAGGGCUCUGUCUAG